CGCCCCUCCCGUGCACCCCGCCCCCCUGCACCCUUCCCUUCCCCGUGCCGUGCAGUGCCGUGCGGUGCCGUGUCCGCUGCCCGCGGGGCUCCCGGGGCCGGGCUGUCGUUGUGUUCCCGCCCGGUGCCCUCUGCCCGGUCCCUAUGGAGGAGCUGUGCCCCAGGGGGGCCGCCGAAGACCAUGCCUAGGAAAGCCGGGAAUGGGCAGCUGCCGCUCCCCCAGGGCUGGGAGGAGGCCAGGGACUACGACGGCAAGGUCUUCUACAUCGACCACAACACCAAGAAGACCAGCUGGAUCGACCCCCGGGACAGGUUAACCAAGCCUCUCUCAUUUGCGGAUUGUGUUGGAGAUGAGCUGCCUUGGGGAUGGGAAGCAGCAUUUGACCACCAGAUUGGAGUCUACUACAUUGACCACAUCAACAAAACCACACAGAUAGAAGAUCCCAGAAAACAGUGGAGGAGAGAACAAGAGAGAAUGCUCAAAGACUACCUUAUGGUGGCCCAAGAUGCUCUCAGCACACAGAAGGAACUGUACCAUGUGAAAGAGAAAAGGCUCGCUCUGGCUCUGGAUGAAUAUAUGCGAUUAAAUGAUGCUUACAAGGAGAAGUCGAGCUCCCGCACAAGCUUAUUCUCAGGAUCUUCAUCCAGCACUAAAUAUGACCCUGAUAUUCUGAAGGCAGAGAUCUCCACGACACGGUUAAGGGUUAAAAAACUGAAGCGAGAACUCUCACAGAUGAAGCAAGAAUUACUGUACAAAGAACAAGGGUUUGAAACACUUCAACAAAUUGACCAGAAAAUGUCUGGGGAACAUAGUGGAUAUGAACUUAGUAAGGCCAAAGCUAUUCUAACUGAAAUGAAGUCCAUCAGGAAGGCCAUUAGCUCAGGAGAGAGAGAGAAACAAGAUCUCAUGCAGAGUCUCGCCAAGCUGCAUGAACGGCUUCAUUUGGACCAAAGCAUUGGGAGAUCUGAACCAGACUUAAGGACCGACUCCGUGAGCUCUCAUAUAUCUCUCUCCAGACAGACCCUCGACGCUGGGUCACAAACAGGCAUCUCUGGAGAUUUUGGAGCAAGAAAUAGAGCCAACUUAGCGGAAAAGGUCAGGUUAAGUCUACGGUAUGAAGAAGCCAAAAGAAGCAUGGCCAAUUUAAAAAUUGAGCUGUCAAAGUUAGACAGUGAGCCCUGGCCUGGGCACUUGGAUGUUGAGAAGGAGAAACUGAUGCUGAUUAAUGAAAAAGAAGAAUUUCUGAAAGAGCUUCAGUUUGUUACACCCCGAAAACGUAGUCAGGGUGAAUUGGACUACCUGGAAGGCCAGAGGAGGCUUCUAGAGGAAGAGCUGCUGUCCGUGAGAAACACACCUAGUCGAGCCCUCACCGAGAGGCUAAAAUUGGAAGAGAGAAAAAAGGCACUGCUAAAAAGACUUGAAGAAACUACCAAAUUAACUACUUAUUUGCAUUCACAGAUUAAAAGUCUCUCUGCCAGUACCUUGUCCAUGUCUUCAGGAAGCAGUCUGGGGUCGCUGGCAUCCAGUCGGGGGUCUCUGAACACCUCUAGUAGAGGGUCACUCAAUUCCCUCAGUUCCACGGAGCUCUAUUAUAACAACCAAGGGGAUCAAAUUCCAGACUUGGAUUAUCAGUAUAAACUGGACUUUCUAUUACAAGAAAAAAGUGGUUACAUUCCUUCUGGACCCAUUACCACCAUUCAUGAAAAUGAGGUGGUGAAGUCCCACAGCCAGCUGGGCUCCAGUGACUCAUCUGGAUCCUCUGCAGCAGGGCCUGCUUCAAAAUUGACUGAGCCACCCAAAUCUGUGACGUCCCUCUCCUCCAGAUCCUCCCUGUCCUCCUUGUCGCCUCCUGGUUCUCCUCUAGUUCUGGAAGGUACUUUUUCUAUGUCUGCCCAGGAUACUCCUCUCCACCAACUCACCACAGACUUCGAAGACUGUGAAUUGACUAGCCAUUUUGCAGACAUUGACCUUACCGAAAAUCAGAUGCUGCUGGACUCAGAUGCAAGGGUAGCAUCACAGGCUCUUGCGGAGGACAAAGAUACUGACGAAGGUGUUAGGCAGUCUUUAUCGCCAUUAAGUGAAGGAACUUCAGGUGCUGAAGAGCAAUUUCCAAGGAGGACAGUAGGCCACUUACUGGAAGAGAAAACAGCUUGCGUGUCUGCUGCUGUGUCUGACGAGUCUGUGGCUGGAGACAGUGGUGUCUACGAAGCAUCAGUGAAACAACCUGGUGAAAUUGAGGAUGUUCUCUAUUGUGAAGAUGAUGCUUUGAUUCUAGAGACCGCUCAAGUGCAGAUAGGACUCAGAUAUGAUGCUAAGAGUUCCAGUUUAAUGGUGAUUGUAGUACAACUCCGAAACCUUCAUGUCCUCUCUAUAUCUCAGAGCUCAAGAGUGUAUUUUAGGAUUACAGUACUCCCCCCCUCGGCCGACAUCAGUUGUCUCUUUCGCACAAAAGUCCAUCCUGCUGAAGAAUUCAUUUUGUUUAAUGAAAUAUUCAGAGUGGCCAUUUCCCCGGCAGCAUUGCAGCAGAAGACAUUAAGGGUGGAUGUUUGUUCUGUCAGCAAAGACCGGCGGGAUGAAUGCCUGGCCGGAACUCAAAUCAGCCUAGCAGAUUUUCCCAUUGCAGAUGAUUUUUUCACUCUGUGGUAUAACUUGCUACCUUGCAAGCAAAUUUCAUACGGAAAAAAUGAAGAAGACGGUGAAGAAGUUGGGUUUCAUCAGAGUCAGCCUUCACUGGGCCCCUUAGACCUGCACGCUGUGUCUGCUUUGCUGGAAAGAACGUCAGCUGAGUUACAGGCUGUAGAACAGGAAUUGUCACAAGAAGCAGAGGAAGAGGAAGAAGAGGAAGAAGAAGAGGGACAGCGGAAAGAUUCAAGGAGUCUGGAGGAAUAUUGGUUAGAAAUGUUAGCAGAGACCUCCAAUGAGCUCCUGGCCAAGGAAGAAGCAGAAGCUAACCUGUCAGAGGGGAAUGACUUAACAGAAGAGUCUGGACCAUGCACAACUGUGUCUAAGUCGAGUGAGGACGAGAGUGGGAAAGAAACCAGCCAUACCAAAGACCCUCAGAGUCAGCUCCCUACUGCCAUGCCCAGCCUGGUUGAUAAAGAGACCAACACCGAGGAAGCAUUUCAUGAAAAUGUGGCCGUCCGACCUAAGGAUCGUUCCAGCCUGAGCUCUCGGCAGCAUCCCUUUGUUAGAAGCAGCAUGAUUGUGCGCUCCCAAACCUUUUCUCCAGGAGAGCGGAACCACUACAUCUGUAGGUUAAACCGAAGUGACAGUGACAGUUCCACGUUGGCUAGAAAAUCCCUCUUUGUGAGAAAUGCAACAGAACGCCGUAGCUUGCGGGUCAAGAGGACCGUCUGCCCGCCAGUCUGUAGAAGAUCGGCACAAGAACACCCCCCGCGCACAUCUCUUGACUUAGAGCUGGACCUUCAGGCCUCUUUGACCCGGCAGAGCCGCUUGAAUGAUGAACUCCAAGCCCUGAGAGACUUGCGGCAGAGGCUGGAGAACAUGAAAACCCAGGGAGAGCUGGCUCUUUCCGCCGCCGUGCUGGAGGAUGAGCGGUUUCAGAAGCUCCUGAAACAAGCUGAGAAACAGGCUGAACAAUCCAAGGAGGAGCAGAAGCAAGAUUUGAAUGCUGAGAAACUGAUGAGGAAAGUCUCCAAGGACGUGUGUCGGCUUCGGGAGCAGAGCCAGAAAGUACCCCUUCAGGUGCAGUCAUUCAGGGAGAAGAUCGCCUAUUUUACAAGAGCAAAGAUUAGCAUCCCACCCUUGCCAGUGGAUGAUGUGUAAAUUACCUAUUUUGAAUCAUUCUCCCACCUGCUCACUCGGAGGCAGGUGAAAGGGGUGAACUUUUCUCUUCGUUUUUUUUUGGGGGGGGGUAACCAAUUCUUUCAGAUCUUUUAUUUUGCAUCAGACUAUAGAUGUGUUUAUUUGUAAA